AUGGAGGAUGCCAAUGGAGGGGAAGCCGGGGAGAACGAAAGCCAACACGGAGGAGAAGAAGCCAGACGAGAAGAAACGAAGGGCGCGGAGGAAGAAGAUGCCAGACGGGAAGCAAAUUUGAAAUGGAAGAUUAGUGGGACAAUCGACUAUGCUACUUACUUUCUCAAUCACACCUUUGCAUCAACCAAGAAUAUGGAAGUUGAAAUAAUCUCCACUCAGUGCAUCAAACCCUCUUGCACAACACCAAAUCACCCAAAUACAUAUAAUCUCUCAAUCUUAGACCAGUUCAUGCCUUCUAUAUACAUACCAAUGGUUCUUUUCUACUCUUUUGCUCAGAGUUCUCAAGCCAAUAUUGACAGUACUAUAACUCAACAAAGAUUGAAACAAUUAAAGGAAUCAUUAUCACAAGUCUUGACUCAUUUUUACCCAUUCGCUGGAAGGGUUAAGGACAAGUUUACCAUCGAUUGCAAUGAUGAAGGGGUUCACUACACCGAGGCCAAAGUAAGUUGCACUCUAGCUGAAUUUUUCAACCAACCUAAUUUCUCGUCGCUUAUCCAUAAACUUGUUCCAAAUCAACCAAUUAUGGAAUUAGCGACCGAAGGGUACACAGCCAUGGUACAAGUGAAUUGUUUUGCAUGUGGUGGCAUGGUGAUAGGUACCUUGAUAUCUCACAUGAUAGCGGAUGGAGCAGGUGCAAGUUUCUUUUUAAAUAGUUGGGGUUCUAAUUCUAACUUUUCUCAUCAAGAUGCAUUUGAUCAAUUUCCAAACUUUGAUACCCCUUUCCCUCAGAAUAAUAAUAAUUAUGCAUGCCCACAUGACACAAAUGUGAUGAAUUUGUGUGGCCAAUUUUUGAACGAGGGUAGGGUUGCUAUGAGGAGGUUUUUAUUUGAUGCUGAAGCUAUUUCGAGGUUAAGGGCUCAAGGGUCUAGUUUAACCGUGCAAAACCCUACUCGAGUGGAGGUAGUAACAUCCCUUCUAUGCAAAUGUACUGCAAAAGUUUUCAAUGCAAACUUUGGUUUAGAGAGGCCUACUUUGAUAACUCAUGCGGUAAAUAUGCGUAGAAGGGCAUCUCCUAUGUUUCCAAAAUCGUGUAUGGGUAAUUUUGCAUGGUUGGCUUUGGCUUUAAUAAUGAGUUCAAAGGACAACAAGGUAAUAAUGGAGUUAUUACCUGACUUGGUUGUUAAAUUGAGGGAAGCAGUGUCAAGUAUCAACUCAGAUUUUGUGAAAGGCUUCGAAGGUGAUGAAGGGUAUGCUAAAUAUUGUGAAGUUUCAAAAGAGUUAAUUGAGAAAGCAUCGAGUUUUGCUGCAACGACCACAAGUGGGGUUAAUUACGUUCAUUUUACGAGUUGGUGCAACUUUGGACUUUAUGACGUUGAUUAUGGAUGGGGAAAACCAAUUUGGGUGUCUUGUGUGGCUGAUUCAGUUGACGAUUCUAUGUUUUUUAACGCGGUCAUACUAAUGGAUACACCUUCAGGAAAUGGAAUUGAAUGUUGGGUUUACUUGAAUGAAGAUGAAAUGGCCAUAUUGCAACAAGACAAGGAGCUCCUUGCUUUUUCAACCUUAGAUCCAAAUCCUCAGCAACUAAAGGAUUAA